UUCAUUUUUGAUUUUCUAUUAGCAAUCUACAAUAGCUACAGUAGGUAGUCGAGGGGUAGCAUCUGAUCUGGAAUAGAAGCUGCAAAAUUCCCCAAAAUGCACGUUCCAGAGUAAUAUAAGGGGCUAGCCCGCAUGCGGCAAAGCAGGGAAUGGCCGCAUUUUUCCAAGGGAGUUCCCUAGCUUGAUUUGGGGGCAAUUUCUCAGGAGGCCAAAAGCUCUCAGUUUUGAGUUUGUGCAAGCAACAUGAGGACAGCAGCGCUUGCACACAUCGAUAGGGCCAGCAUUCUGCAAGGCAGCUGCAACUUUCAUGCAAAAGCACUCCAGCAUUUACAGCCACAUCUUUCCACUUUUUCGCAACCUGCAUUCGUCAAUCCUUUCGUGCCAGGUUGUUUUGUGUUGCACAGCAUACAGCGGAGAAGCAGAAUCUGUACAAUGACGGUGGAUGUUGCUGCAAAUGGCAAGGAAGGGCAAAAGACGCGUGUGUCGCGCUCAGUUUGUGUGAUUGGGGCUGGGGCGGCGGGGCUGGUGGCCUUGAAAGAGCUCAGAGAGGAAGGGCAUCAAGUGACGGCAUUCGAACAGAAUGAGGACAUUGGUGGGGUGUGGAAAUAUGAUCCAGACACAGACGAUGAUCCACUUGGGAUCCGAGAGGACAGGAAGAAGGUACACAGCAGCAUGUACGCAUCCCUGCGCACCAACCUCCCCCGCGAGAUCAUGAGCUUUGCGGCCUAUCCCUUCGUGCCAAGUGGCGAGCCCGGGCGCGACGAUCGCCGCUUCUGCUCCCAUCAGGAAGUGCAAGCGUACCUGCGCGACUACGCACGUCACUUUGACCUCCACCGCCACAUACGCUUCGGCACCCAAGUCCUACGCGUCUCCAGACUGCCCGAGAAGACCAAUCAGUACGGGUCCGUCCAACAACCCCUAUGGGAGGUAGUCACUCGAACGGCUUCCUCAUCGGAAAACUGGGCUUGCGAUACAACGGAGUUUGAUGCGGUUGUUGUUUGCAACGGGCAUUACUCGCAGCCUAAGCUAGCAACGAUCGAAGGCAUCGCCUCUUGGCCGGGUCGCCAGCUCCACAGCCACAACUACCGGACCCCCGGCCCGUUCGCCGGCCAGACCGUGGUCCUGAUCGGCGCAUUUGCAAGCGGAGAGGACAUUUCCCGGGAGCUCGCAGAGCACUGCUCCGAGGUGUACCUCUCGGCGCGGAGCUGGAAAGACGAGCCGCGACAAACCCCGCCGAACCUGCACCGAAAACUCGUGGUCACGCGUGCGUAUCCUGAUGGGAGUCUCGAGUUCGCUGACGGCAGCCGAGUCGUUGCGGACGUCAUCAUCCACUGUACCGGGUACGUAUACGAAUUCUCGUUUCUGGAAUCCGGUCUAGUUUCUACGGAGGACCAGCGAGUGCACCCCGUGUACGAGCAAGUCUUCCACGUCGGGACUGCGCCCACUCUCUCCUUCAUCGGCCUUCCCUUCAAAGUGUCCCCGUUGCCUAUGUUCGAGUUAACGACCCGGUGGGUGGCGCAGUGCCUAUCGGGGCGUGCGGUGCUACCGAGCGAGGCUGCAAUGCACAAAUGGAUCGACGGCUUCUACGAGGGGCUCAAGGCGGGCGGGGUUCCCGUGCGGUACACGCACGAGAUGAGCAGAACGGGGUUCGACUAUCUCGCCCGGUUGUGCGAGUGGACCGGCACUCCGAUGUUCGAGUCGUGGCGGGAAGACCUUUUCAAGGACUUUAGUUAUCGGCGCCACAAUUACCCGGCCAACUACCGGGACGAGUGGCCAGAGGACUUGGAGCUGAAACGAAAGGUCAUCUGGGAAGAUCUGCGAAAAGAAGCAGAGAAACUAAGUUUAGGAGGAUCUGAGAAGUCGUUUGGAAGUUGAGGGACUUUUUGCACACAGCGCGUUGGUGGCUGCGGGACUUGUCGAACCAGGCGGGUGGCGGAAGAGUCUCAUCUGAAACGAGUGUGGAAUGAAUGUGUUGACCGCGUGUCAAAAUGAGGUUGCAGUAUCACAUCCACCGUGCACAGCACGUUUGAUCGACCCGAGUCCUGGGCUACGAUUCGGCGGCUCAUUUUUCAACUUGCAACCACACGCAGUUCAGCAUUUUGACGAUCGGAUUAUAGAGUUUGUGCCAAGCUGGGCGGUUGAGCAACCGGACAAAUACCAGAAUUCAAACUGACACUUCCUUGAUAAUUCAAGGCCAUGUUACGUUUUGGUACGGUACUUUCUGCAGCUUCAUCAAGGGCAUCGAGUCGAACUUCGCAGACGUACGUGUAUACUCAUGUAGGCUCGUACUCAUGCUCGUCUGACGCCAGGACAGGCUACUAAUGAAUCGGCUGACCCGGAGAAGAAAGAAAACAUAUACAAGCCAUCCGAC